GUGAAAUAGCAGCAGCUGGUUUGUCUUCUUCAUACCUGAUACGUUUUUGAUAGCAACUAUCAGGACUUGACACCUAGAGUUAAUGUGAGACUGUGGUGCAUUAGGAAUGAGUAAAAGGGGGAGGAGGAGGAACAGCAAGAGGAGGAAGAGCUCCAGCAGCAGUAAACGUGAGUCGGAGAUUUGGGUGGAGGGUGCAACAAGGUUAAUCCUGUGCUUAGCUGAGUCACAUUUUUUUCCACACCUGUGCAGUUUGCCAAUAUUUGGACUUAUUUGAAACAGUAGAGGACUAGUGAUAGCUAGUGAAUAAAGGGUUUUAUGAGGUUACAAACAAGUUAGGCUCACCAUUGCUGUCCAUUGAGCAUGUGCUCAGUACUAUACACAUGGGCUGUCUCCAUAAAUAGACUUGCAUUCACACUACUCCAGCCAACUGACAAAAUGCCACCAACAAUUCAAACAUUUUAAUGUAACCUCAUACAACGGUUGGUAUGAUAUCCUAGGAAAAGUUACUAAUUUGUCGUGCGUUUUCCUAAGAAAGCCUGCAACGCAUGUCAAUUUUCAAAGUCUUUUCAAAAUAAACUUCCAUCUUCACAGGAAACAACUCUGUUGGGUUUGAGCAACAAGAUCUGGGAAGCGAUGGAGAAAUACUUUUUUAGGUUUAGGAAAAGAUCGUCAUUUGGAAUAAAAUAACUACGGAUGUGCCCUUAUCUUAAUAUCUACGAAUAUUUUUCAUAGGUAUAGCCACGAUUGCUGGAUGAAUAUUUAAAGGGAUCUGGCAGAGAGAGUGUUACCAUACAGCUUUCAAAAGCAGAACAAAAGUAACAAUGUCAGCUACAAAGCUGACAUUGUUGAAAAGGGUUAGACAGAUUCUCUGCGAAAGGAAAAUGUCCUGUCGGGAUCGGAAAAUGAGGAAAAAUACAACGCUCCACCCAAAGAAAAAAGAGUUAAACGGGAUCAUCAUGUGAAUUCAUUUACAAAACAAAGAAGUAUUUAUACCAAAACGACAGAGGACAAAGAGAAAGGAGUGAGGACAGUGACGUCGGUGUCUGUCAAUGACGUGGAAGAUUCCCCCCCGAAGAUCAUUUUUCAGCAGUCACGUGUACUCUUAUCUGAAAAUCCAACCCACUCAACACCAGUUACUAACAUCAUGAAAAUGAACUGCAAUGGGUCACAUGUGAAAUUGGAAAUUCAAGAAACUUUACAAUUGAAUACUUCUGGCAUCAAGACCACGUUUGUUUUAAUGAAUGAAAAGGAAAACUGUGCUGAUGUGUUUUUUAAGAGCAAAUGUGAGAAGACAUGGUUACCAAAUAAUGAGUCAUCUGAGCAGCCAUCACAAAAUGUGACUAAUCACAACGGCAAUCAAAGCUUAAAUUACAGAUUUACCUUUGGCAACAUGAGUGAACAAACGGAGUCUCAUAGUGAUUCCAAAUCUGUCAGUCCAACAAAUGUAUGGCACAACACAAACUUUCAAUGCUGUGGGGAUCACAAACUAAUAUCAACAGACUUUAUGUUGACAAAUCAUCCGUCUAGACCACAACCAUUGUUAAACAUCAAACCUCAAGGGAAGAGGAAAAACUUUGACAAAAGCAUCGGAAGUGAUCAGUUCUGGGACAUUCCUCCACCCCAAGAGUUUGCAGACUUUAAAAAUAAUAUUUUAGAAGACCUAACACACUGCCUGGCUGCCUGUAGAAUUGUAGAAAGUUCUGCUGACAAAAAGCAAAAGGAGUUUCACACGACACCUAACAUUACCUGUAAGGAUGAAUCUCGAUGGCCAUUUUCUUUAGAAGCAGAGGAAAGAGCAGAUCUGGCACCUUUGUUCCAUCAAUUAUCAGAAUCUGCCAGCUAUGAGCCAAUGCUCAUGAGACCUUCCUUGUCUACCAACAGGUCCAGCUUCACCAAAGAUUUCAUCAACUGUCAAAAGAGAAAAUCCUGGAUUAGAAACAACAGUAUUGCCACUGUGGAACACAGAGCAUGUUUGUCACCAAAGAAAAGAUACCAAACAUAUCCUGGGAUGUCAGAGGGUCUAGGAUUGAUGCAGGAAGACUUUCUGUCUCCCUCUACUGAAUCCGUUCCCUCUUUAGUCAUGUGCUCACUGCUUCUCCAAACUGAGAGGCUGGGAAGGAUUCACCAGGGCACUGACAUGUUUUCUGCAUUCGGAAUAGGAAAUUAUAAUUCUUCACAACCAAAGGGACGUUCCAAACUUGCCUCAGAAAACCUAAACAGCUGUGAUGGAAAGCAAUCAUUGCUGAGUCCAUUCUAUAUGAGCAGCUCUGAGGAUAUACCUGAUGAUGUGUUCUCUGUCAAUGAGCAAUGUCGAAGACAAAGCAGCAUCAGUUACCGUCGUACAACAGGCGGACAACAGGAAGUAGACUUAAAACAGAGCAUUUGUAUGUACGUGGAAAGUCUGGACAAUAUUGAUCAAAGUGAAGUGGCAGACAGUGGAUUUGACCAAGAAAUGGGGGAAGUAGAAUAUCACAGCCCAGAGCCCCUGACAGAGGAGUUGAGUCAAAGAGCCCUUGCCAUUCAUCCAUCCUGCAGGGGCUCAGAGGAACAUAUAUUACAGAGCUAUCCUGUAAUAUUACUCCUCAAGGACAAGAUUGAAAGUGAAAGCCAAGAGGAUCCAGUCUCAGUUUUACCCAAACAUAGUAAGUCCUCAGUCAUGACAGUACCUGUUGGUGCACACGAGCAAAGAUUCUUGCAGAUGGACUCAAGAUCAUCACUGGGUGGUUUUAUGGAAACAAAUGGUAGAACUGCCCUGGAAGACCCUUGCAUAUCCCCUUUGCAGGAUGUGAACUCUCUUUCAUUAAACACAAAUGAGGUUACAGAUGAGAUUGAACCUAAACCAUUUGGUGAAAAAACAGGAAAUGCCAACCCUUCUUUGCCACUAAUGAUAACAGAGGAUUCAGACAAACCUGGAGUCACUGCAUCAUGUCCUGCCAAAGGUUCUACAGAUGCAGAAAUCCAUGCAAAAGAGCAGCUCGGUAAAACGGACAAGGCAGAUAAACACUUUGUAUCCAGAUCUUCCUUAGAGGCCAAACAGCAUCUGAAACCUGUGGUUGAUAAACACCCAGACAGCAGUGGCUCUGACCACUGGGCCAGGAGGCGAAAGCUCUUCAAGGAGAGCAAGGAAUGGAGCUCUGCUGGAGGAAGCUCAAUGACCAGUGAUAUCACAGAGGAAUCAGUGUCAGAGGACACUUGCUCGAUGGACAUGGCAAUUCAAGACAAUGAAGACAGGGGCUUUUAUACAGAGACCUUCCAUUCUUCUGCAUGGAUUUACCAAGGAGAUGAUGUAGACUCAGCUGCCAUUCCUUCCGGCCUGAACACCAAAACUCGAGCUGUCUCAAUUCGGGAGAGAACUGUCAAGAUCAGCAGAGGGACAGGAGAGUAUCCUUGGGGCUUUCGAAUACAGUUUUCUAAACCCAUUGUAGUUACAGAGGUAGACACAAACGGGGCUGCUGAGGAAGCGGGGUUGAUGGUAGGAGACUCUGUCCUAGCUGUCAAUGGAACUGAUGUCACCAGCGUUCCUCAUUCUGAAGCUACUGAUUUGGCCAGGCAAGGUCCAGAUGUUUUAACGUUGACUAUUGGGUCAGACAUUGCUCGUGGUCCCAACACCCCCAGACCAACAUGUCGUGGUUAUCUUCACAAGCGUACCCAGUCUGGUCUGUUUAAAGGCUGGAGGAAGAGGUGGUUUGUACUCACACAUGACUGCUGCCUUUUCUACUACAGACAUAAACGGGAUGAAGCCAAGAGGCGGGCUUUGUUCGCAGUAAAACUGGAAGGGGCUGAGGUGGGACCAGAUAUUUCCCUGGGAAAACAAUUUGUGUUCAAGUGCCGCCCUCAAUCCGGUAACAGAGUGUACUUCCUGUGUGCCACUUCCAACCAGGAGAUUAAACGGUGGCUUGAGGCUUUGGAGAAAGCUAUUCAUCCCAUCACACAGAACCAUGUGUGGAUGGAUGUCACCAGACACAACUCUAAUCUGCCCCCGCUGGCUGUGAAAAACCCAGAGUGUCUUGGACUGCUCCACAAAAUGGACAAAUACAAGGAAAUGUGGGUACAGCAAUACUGCAUUCUGAAGGAUGGUUGCCUCUACUUGUACAGCGGGAUCCGUGCUACUCAUGCACAUGGUGGGAUUUACCUUCAGGGGUACAUGGUGCGAGAGCAGCCCUAUGGAUCCAAGAAAUCCACCAUUGAGCUGAAACCGCCGACUGAUGAGUUCAAGGCUUUCUACCUCUGUUCUGAAAAUCCUAAUGAGAAUAAACGAUGGAUCAUAGCUAUCAAAGCUUCAACAAAGAGAUGGCUACCUUUACGUUCGGUCUUUCAGGAGUACAUGAAUCGGCCAUCAGAAGAGAUCAGAAUGUGAGUCGGACGCACCCUGUGGAUCGCUGGAUACGCUUCCUGUUUGUAGCUGUAGCAUUUUUUUCCCUGUGCUGCUUAUUUGUUACAGAGGAUGAAUUCCCUCAGGGAAGUCCUGAGAAAAUUAGGCCACAGUUUUAGUAGGGCGGUCAGUUCAUGCCAGCUUAUUUACAUAAAGCUCGAUUGCAAAUGUCAAAGUGCAAAAGCAAAUGUGAGGGACGAGAACAACUGAGAAACAGUACUUCAUAUAUUGCUCUUCAUUUCCCUCUUCAGUUUGACAUUGUUGUCCCUCUCUUGUCACACAAUUUUAAAUUCAAGCUCUUCCAUUUGAACUUACAGGCCAUAGAUACAAAUGAAUCUAUGACCUCAUGAUCUGUGGAUCAAAGUCAUUUACCAUUGUGGCUUUUUUUCCAUUGAAAUUAUCCUGAACACUUCCCUAUCUCUGUCGGCAGUGCUCUUAAGAUGGGUUGAAUGCUCCGGUCAUAUUUCAUGUAUGUACCUGUACGUAUAUGACGAUUGAAAUAAAGUUAGUUUAAUAUCAUUUUUAUGUUUUCAUACAGUGUUUGGAAUCUCUUAAAAUCUUUGGAGAGGUUUGUUUGUAAUAUGAAAUACUGGCAUUUCUAUGCAUACAGAUUCUGUAUUACUGUGUUUUGUUUUUAUUGCUACACUGCAAACUUUUAGAAUAUAAAUGUGCUCUCAUGCUCAACAGUUAGUAAUGCAUCAACGUGUUUGUCAAAUAAAUUCUACAAUCAAA